GAAGGUCACUGCCCGGGCAAGGCUGCGCUGGGGGAUAAAGGCAGCGUGGAGGGAGCCCCCCUGCACAGGCAGUCGCAGCAGCCAGAAGAACAGCAAGCCACGGCUAUGGGGGCCCCGAUGCUGCUGAUCGCCACUUUGGUGUGGGGGGUGCUCGCCACCGCCAGCGAGGGCCCAGUCCCACAAGUGUGCGGGAAACCCAAGAACUCGCCGCAGCCGUUGCAGCGCAUCAUCGGUGGCCGUAUGUCCGGCAAGGGCCUGUUCCCGUGGCAGGGCCGGUUGGUGUCGCCACACAACCUCACGGCGGGGGCCACGCUCAUCAGUGACCAGUGGGUGCUGACCACGGCCAGGAACAUCUACCUGGGGCAAAACGCAUGCGCCAGCCCUGAGGACAUCGCCCCCACCCUGCAGCUCUUCCUGGGCAACAGGGGACAACUGCCCGCGGGCGCUGUGGAGCGUGUGGUCCUGCACCCCAACUUCAACUCCACCGACUGCAACGGCACCUCCAACAGCGACACCUGCCACGGGGACGCCGGCGGCGCCUUCGCCGUGCACGACCCCGAUGACGACACGUGGUACGCAGCCGGCAUCCUCACCUAUGACCGCACCUGCGCUGCCGCCAAGUACAGCGUCUACGCCAGCGUGCAGCACGCCCUGGCCUGGAUCCGCCAGACCAUGGACGAAUCCUAACCCCCCCACCCCCACCCCGACCUCGACCAAUAAACCUUGUGCUCU